GGCGGGCAGCAGCUGGAGGCCGGCAUGCGCGGCAUCCCCAUCACCUGCAACAUGAACGAGCGCAAGUGCGUGGGGGAGGCCUACAGCCUCCUCGGCGAGUACGGGGACCUGCUCUACGGGCCCGAGCAGUUUUCAGAUCACGAGGAGAGGCUGUCUGGAAGCGAGAGGGAGGAGGAUGAGGACGAUGUUGAGGCUGCCCUGAAGAAGGAGGUCGGCCAGAUCCGCGCCUCGAUGGAGCAGAAGCUGCGGCGGUUCCAGUCGGUGGAGAGUGGCGCCAACAACGUGGUCUUCAUCAGAACCCGGGGCAUAGAACCUGAGAACCUGGUGCACCAUAUAUUAAAGGAUAUGCAUGCCACUAAAAAGAAGAAGACGAGAGUCAUUCUGCGUAUGCUGCCCAUUUCUGGAACUUGCAAGGCUUUUAUAGAGGAUAUGAAAAAAUACACGGAAACGUUUUUUGAGCCUUGGUUUAAAGCCCCUAAUAAGGGUACUUUUCAGAUUGUUUACAAAGCUCGUAAUAACAGUCAUAUGAGUAGGGAAGAAGUAAUUAAGGAAUUGGCAGGAAUUGUGGGCAGCCUCAAUCCAGAAAACAAAGUCGAUCUUAAUAACCCACAAUAUACAAUUGUGGUGGAAAUAAUAAAAAACGUCUGUUGCUUGAGUGUGGUGAGAGACUAUGUUCUGUUCAGAAAAUACAAUCUACAGGAGGUGGUGAAGAGCAACAAAGAAGACACACAACAAAACCCAUCAAGUGUGACAGAAGACCAGAACUCAAAGGUAGUAAAACCAGAAACCGAGGAGGAGAAGAGCUCAAAAGAAGUAAAACAAGAGAACAAGAAUCAAGGUGAAACAGAAGCUGAGCCCAAGGGGAAUGAUGCGCUGACAGUGUAGAAAAUGUGGUAGAAGGGAAAGAUAAAUACAAUAGAAACGUAUUAAAAAAAGUUGCCCUACGAGUUCUGACAGGGCAUUUUAAAGAGGAGAGUGGGUUUUGUUUUGAAAUCUCGUUUUUAAAAUCCACAUGUGUAAGAAUUUUAAUGCUCCAUGCAGGUGGAGCUGACAUUACAGCAGAUGUAAGAGUGCUCAAGAGUGCCUCACCUUUCUGGUGAAGCUUGCUGUCAUUCUUCUACGGCUUUGUUCUGCAUUGCCUUUACCUAGCACAAAAAGCACGUGUGUGCAUGCAUAUGUAAAUGUGGCCAUCCUGAUAUAUAUUGACUCUCCUUUGUUAUAUCUG